CUCCCUCCCUCUCCCUCGCUGUGUUUACAGCCGUGCACAGCGCUGCAUAUCUGACAUUUCUCCCUCAAACUCCAACCAGCUCUGCUGCUCGCGUCUGAAAGCCGUUUGUCUCCACAGAAGACAAGAAGCUGCUGCUGUCUGACCAGGACUGAACCAAACCCGACCUGAGCUCCGGUCAGUCGACCAGCAGCCCUCCGACUCCCAGGUUCCACCUCCAGCUCUGGUCAGCAGCGUCCGGCCCAGCAGCCGUCCUCAGCUCUCUCAGCUCUUCACCCCGCCGGUCAAAAUCUAAGCCGUCAGCAGCCUCCAUGGAGCGCGUCCAGCACAUGACCAAGUCGGCCAUCCGCCGAGCGUCUCAGAUCGAGGUGAACCCUCAGGCCAAGAGGAACCUGCAGGAGCUCUUUGUCAACUUCACCCUCAUCCUCAUCUGCCUGCUGCUCAUCUACAUCAUCGUCCUGCUGAGCAGCUGAGCAGCAGAGCCUCCUGCAGGGAGAGUUUGGCCCGGCCCAGGGUUGUACUGAUACAUGCGGAUCGGCUUUUCAAAGAAAGCAGUAACAUCAUCCCCGUGUAUCAGCAGAACCCCGUUUGCCAACUGCUAUGAGGAAAAGUGGAGGAGUUGGCGGCCAAACUCUCUCUCAGAGCUCCAGGGUGAUGUUUCUACGAGGGCUGAUCGGGGAUCAGCUUCCCAGCCUCUGUCUCUCAAGGGAAUGAUCAAAAGUGACCCGACUCCACCCGUUUAAACUUCUGUAUGUGCGUCCGCCUGCUGCUCGUCCAGACUAACACCCUGCCUACGACCAUGUGCUCCGUAUUGGAAUAUCUCCUGCAUUAUAGUCACUGCAACGUGUCUCAUACUCAAAUAUUAAUACAUCACUGUUGUUUAACUUUCAUUUCCCAUGAGCCCAGGCGCUUCCUGCCGCCACCCCCCCUCCACCAGCACAAAGAUAAACACGCUGAAAAUGAUUUUGUUCCACGAGUAUUUUUGCUUCUUUCUUGGUCUACCGCUGCCAGAAACCACAGAUGAACCCCUGAUGGUUUGAGCUUCAGGUUUCUUGAUGUGCUGCUAUCUCGGUGGUUACCAGAAUUUAAAUUUAGCAAAAAAAAAAGGAACCAGCAACAAGAAAGCAGCAAACACUGUGGCCGAGUGUGAGAACAAACCCGGCUCAUUAAGAAAACAUGCCCCCAAACACACCGAUUCUGCCUCCGACUGUCUCUAAAUUAGAACCGAGUCGCCAACAGCUGAAGCAGGAGGACAGAUGGAUGUCUGAAAAAAAUAGAAACUGGUGGCCAAACACGUCCACUGUAGGUUUGUUACGUUACCUGUGAUUACAGAAUUAUAUAUUACUGAGCAUGUGUUUGGAAAAAAAGCUUUACAAGGAAGAAAUUUGUACUUUAUUUCAAAGCUAUGAUUCUGUCGCCCCCCAGUGGCGACAUCACAAACGACACCAUGGAGGAUUAUUAAUAAUGUAGAACAUGACACAAAACACUACUAUUUGCACACCAUUUUAAAACUAUUUCAUGGAACAGACAUUUGGAAACGUCUAAUUGGACUCAUGUGCUUCACUGCUUCAGCUAAUUACUGCCAAAUCAGCGGAUGGCAGCUUAGACACAGAUGUGGAGCGUGUGGGCCGCUUCAUCAGCGCUUUAUUUAUUCUUCUCUAACGUGACACUUAACGUCGUUACUACUGUAGGCCUUUAUAAAGUAUGUGAAGUGUAGCCUGAGUGCGGCUCACCUGCACGUGUUUCAGCCUUAGAAUAAACUACGGAAGAUUUCGUUGCUUUGCUUUGUCCUUCAGAGAUCGAUGUGUUGAGCGUUAAACACACAGAAACGGUUCGUGCAUGGUGUGAUUUCACAUAAGGGUCAUUUCUGUGUAAAACAUUUAAGCUAUGUGUCUGUUUUGUUAUUAUAAAGCAUAAAACAUUGUUGUUUUCUCUCAGUCUAGACUGAAAAAGUACCAGUGAGACAAUUAAAUCUUGUUUUUAGUCCAAAAAAACCCCCAAAUGCGUCACCGUAAAUGACAUCACUGCUGUCAACAAGACUUUUUUUUGUUUUUUUUUACAUCCUGUCCCCAAUAAUAUCCUGUGAUGCACAUGUUAAUGCACUGCCCUGUAUUUACCAUGAGUGAAAAUGUGAAAAUGACACAAGACGGAUUGCAGAAAAGAAGCGUUUUAAGUUUGUUGUACUUGUGUAUGUGUUUGAAAAGCUGUACCACCUGAUUUCUAAACUGUGGAACACCAAAUAAACUGCAUGUCAAUACCUUUAAA